AUGAGCUCAACCACCGCAUCGCAGCCGUCGGAAGAUGCGCAGAAUCGUCCGCAACAGGCCCCGCUAGCUUCGACAAGGCCGGAGGCCAGACCUCCCGCACCGCUCUCCCGACUCUUCCCUCUGGGCUAUAAGGAGGGGUUUAGCCAAUGGUGGGCAAGUAUUCCUGCUGCUGCUGCAGAGCAUAAGGUACUUUCAUUUAUCCCAUACCUCCAAAAACCACCUACACACACUCAGACCGGUAAAAGACCUGCGACCCCCAAUGAACAACCCGACCCUUUAGCCUCUGCAGAUCAUACCGAGCCAGGCCUUGUUUCUGAGAACUCAACAAAUGACCCAUUUGGCCCCCGGAGAUGGCAGUCCUCCAUGGUAGAACUCAGCGGCAAAGACCGCGAGCUGAAUGAAUUCUCAGUCGAGCGCCUCGGCGAGAAAGUCGAAAAUAACCUUGUGGUUUUACAUGGCUAUGGCGCAGGACUGGGGUUCUUUUAUAAGAACUAUGAAGCUCUGAGUCGCGCCAAAGGAUGGCAAUUAUAUGCUCUGGACUUGCUAGGCAUGGGCCGCAGUACCCGGCCACCGUUUAAGAUUGCUGCCAAAAAGCGGGAGGAUGCAAUCGCGGAAGCAGAGGAUUGGUUUGUCGAUGCUCUGGAAGAAUGGCGCGUGAAGCGAAGGAUUGAGCGAUUCACUCUCCUGGGCCACAGUCUAGGCGGAUAUCUCGCCGUCGCAUAUGCACUGAAGUACCCCGGCCGUCUUAACAAGCUUAUUCUUGCUUCCCCUGUUGGCAUCCCGGAGGACCCUUAUGCCGUCAAUGCUGACGUUGCAGAGCCAGCAUCGUCAACAAUGGCAAAUGAGUUCACGCAAGAUCAGGCCGGGGAGGCCACUGUUGUCGAUAACAACAACUUCCUGAACGCCCGGGGUAAAGCAGCCGCUGCAAACGCUAAAAAUGGCGAUUCCACGAAACCUCCCACCAGAACCCUACCGAAAUGGCUCGUCUAUCUCUGGGAUUCAAAUGUCUCCCCUUUCAGUUUAGUUCGAUGGUCUGGCCCCCUCGGCCCACGCCUUGUAUCUGGCUGGACGUCUCGGCGAUUCUCUCAUCUGCCCCAAGAGGAAGCUGGCGCCCUACAUGAUUAUGCGUAUUCUCUAUUUAGACUACGGGGCAGCGGGGAGUAUGCCCUCGCAUACAUUCUUGCCCCCGGAGCAUACGCCCGCAGUCCCAUGAUUAGGCGCAUCCAUGGAGUUGGGCGGCAGAUGUUACUGCAUAAUCCAGCGCCGCCCAGCUCAUAUUUGCAGAGUGAAACUGGCUGUUCUACCAGCGAAACGCCACAGGCCCAAUCCGUAUCCGCCUCUGAUUCUAGCUCUUUUGUUUCUGUACCAUCACCGCCUCGUCGUGAACCUGGAAUUCCCAUUGUUUUCAUGUAUGGUGAAAAUGACUGGAUGGAUGCCAAAGGUGGUUAUACUGCGAAGGAAAAAAUUGACCAAGAGAAAGAGCGUGUUCUUAAAGAAGCAUCUCCCGAGGAGCGACAAUCAGAUAAGGGGUCAGCAAAAGUUGUUAUUAUCAAGAAAGCUGGGCACCAUUUAUAUUUGGAUGGGUGGCAGGAGUUCAAUGAUGUGAUCCUGGAUGAGAUGAAAGAUGUUGCCGACAAUCAUUCGAUUCCUUCGUCGUCUUAA